AUGACAACAACUGGAUACCAAAAUGUCAAAUCCAAAAAGCAGAAAUUAUAUGUCAUAUCCAACACCACAGCGGCAAAGAAAGUUCCAACAAGAGCUGUUCCAGCAAUCACAGCUUUGCUUGUAGAGAAAGCAGCACUGGGUGGCGGUGGUGCUUCAGAAGACGGUGACUCGGAUGGGGAUGUGCCUGGUGCGCCGGGAGCAGGUGGAGAAGAGGUUGAUGGAGUUGGAGCUGAGCUUGGAGAUUUGGGUGAAGGAGAUGGAGCUUUCGGUGAAGGAGAUGGAGCUGGGGUAGCUGAAGGAGUUGGAGCUGGUGGAGUUGAGGUUGGAGCCGGAGAUGGAGUUGGAGAUGCUUUUGGUGAUGGGGUUGGAGCCGGUGGUGUGGCGGUGGGUGGUGUGGCGGUUGGUGGAGUUGCUGUGGGUGGUGAAGCUUUUGGUGCAGCCCCGGGCGCUUGAGCUAUGCAUAAAGCGACCAAAAGACACAAGAUCAUCAUGAACACUUGGAACUUAGCAGAACCCAUCUCCAUUUUUCUUUGCUGAUUCGAAAGAGAAAGUGAGAAAAGUUUUGUGCUUUGAGGGAGAGAGAGUUUGAGAGAUGUGUG